CCGCCUAACCUCCACCACCCUCCGCUCUCUCCCCACCACCACGAACUUGCGCCGCUGCAUCGCAUCCCUAUUCCGUUUCCCCUCCAAACUCUUCGGCUAGGGGCGCAAUGGCGCUUCUUACCUACCGCAACGUCGUCAACUACGGCGAGCAGCAGGCUGCGUUCGAGGACUUUUUGCGCUCCUACAAAUCAUCGUCAACCGAGGCCGCGGAUGCAUUGGAGGACCUCCAAAUCGACGGCGAGGAUGAGUACGACUUCAUGGACGAGUCUGAUGACGGCGAGGCUGCGCAGAGGAGUCGGCGGCGCGAUCGUGACCCCAAGGUCAAAUACAUGCAGAUGCUGCAAGACGUAGCCGAUCGGAAAGUCAAUCAAGUCGUCAUAGAGCUGGAUGACUUGGACGUCUACGAGAAGGGCCUCGACGAGGAGCAUGCUGGUCUGCAGCUAGUCGAUUCCAUCGCGAAGAACGCCAACCAUUACCUCGAGCUUUUCUCGAGAGCUGUGGACAAGGUUAUGCCCGAACCUAGCUCCGAGCCAACCUUCAAGGACGACGUGCUGGACAUUAUCAUGACCCAGCGCUCUAGACGCAACGAGAGGAUCCAGGAAAGCGCCGCCGCAGACAACGCAGGAGUUGCGCCCGAUUCAAUUUUCCCUCCGGAAUUGACAAGGAGAUAUACUCUCAACUUCAAGCCGCUUACUCCAUCGGGCUCGAGCAGCGAACGCAGCAUUAAGGCGCUCGCCGUGAGACAGGUCCGCGGAGAGCACCUUGGUAACCUGAUUACCGUCCGUGGUAUUGCCACCAGGGUUUCCGACGUCAAGCCGUCUGUCCAGGUCAACGCAUACUCUUGUGAUAGAUGCGGCUGCGAAAUCUUCCAGCCUGUUUCGGCCAAGCAGUUUACCCCUCUCGUCCAAUGUCCCUCGCAAGAAUGCAAACAAAACGAUGCCAAGGGUCAGCUCUUCCUUUCAACUCGCGCGUCCAAAUUCCUUCCGUUCCAGGAGGUCAAGAUUCAAGAGAUGGCAGACCAGGUGCCUGUCGGCCACAUUCCCCGCCAACUCACGAUCCACUGCCACGGCGCGAUGGUCCGUCAGAUCAACCCCGGCGAUGUGAUUGAUAUUGCGGGCAUUUUCCUCCCUACUCCCUACACUGGUUUCAAGGCCAUCCGCGCCGGCCUCUUGACGGACACCUAUCUCGAAGCACAGUCGGUCAACCAGCACAAGAAGGCUUAUGAUGACAUUGUUCUGGCUCAACCUACUCUCCGUCGCAUGAAUGAACUGGAGAGGUCCGGUCAACUAUACGAGUACCUUUCCCGCUCCAUCGCACCGGAAAUCUUCGGUCACUUGGACGUGAAGAAGGCGCUGCUGCUGCAGCUGAUUGGAGGUGUGACCAAGGAAAUGGGCGACGGCAUGCGCAUCCGUGGUGACAUCAACGUCUGCCUGAUGGGUGACCCUGGUGUUGCCAAGUCCCAGCUUCUCAAGUACAUCACCAAGGUCGCUCCUCGCGGUGUCUAUACCACUGGCCGCGGUAGCAGUGGUGUCGGUUUGACUGCAGCCGUGAUGAGGGACCCCGUUACCGACGAGAUGAUUCUUGAGGGCGGUGCCCUGGUCCUUGCUGACAACGGCAUGUGCUGUAUUGAUGAAUUUGAUAAGAUGGACGAUUCUGACCGCACUGCCAUCCACGAAGUCAUGGAACAGCAGACCAUUUCCAUUAGCAAAGCUGGUAUCACUACCACAUUGAACGCCCGGACAUCCAUCUUGGCUGCCGCCAACCCGCUGUACGGUCGCUACAACCCGCGCGUCUCUCCCGUAGAGAAUAUCAACUUGCCCGCCGCCCUGCUCUCCCGUUUUGAUGUCCUUUUCUUGAUCCUGGAUACCCCGUCGAGAGACGCAGACGAGGAGCUCGCCCGCCACGUUACCCACGUCCACAUUCACAACAAGCACCCCGAGCAAACCGGCGGAGUCGUCUUCACACCUCACGAAGUGCGCCAAUGGGUCGCGCGCGCGCGCUCUUUCCGGCCCGUUGUCCCCAAGGAAGUCAGCGACUACAUGGUGGGCGCGUACGUGCGCAUGCGGCAGCAGCAAGCGCGCGACGAGUCGGCGCGCCGCGCCUUCACGCACACGUCGCCGCGUACGCUGCUCGGUGUCUUGCGUCUAUCGCAGGCGUUGGCGCGCCUGCGCUUCGCGGAGACGGUCAUUGUGGAGGACGUCGACGAGGCGCUGCGGCUGGUCGAGGUCAGCAAGGCCUCGUUGUAUGCUGACGACCGCAACCGCGGCGCCGACCAGACCCCGAGCAGCAAGAUCUUCCACCUCAUCCGCGCGAUGAAGGACAGCGGUGCCGCGGCGGUGGGAGACGGCAGCGGCGGCGAGCUGGAUCUCAGGAGGGUCAGGGAGCGUGUGUUGGCGAAGGGGUUCACGGCGGAUCAGUUCGAGGAGGCUGUCGACGAGUAUGCAAUGCUGGAUGUCUGGCAAACGGCGGGCGAGGGCACGAGACUCGUGUUCAUCGAGGCCGAGGACGAUGGCAUGGACGAGGACUUGUAGUAAAACGAGCGUAACUCUACGGCGGCGGCGGCGGCGGCGGCGGAGACGGAAAUUCGCGCUGGCGUUCUGGUGGCGUUGAGGGCGGGCGUGGAGGGCUCUUCUGUGUUGUGUUGUGUUGUGUUGUGCUCUUUCGGGCGGGAGGUUGCGUUGGAUACCAUUGUGCGGACGAAAAUGGAUGGGCGGGUGCGUUUGGAGAGGAGCUUGCUCGGAGAAGCAUGGUCGGCUUGGGGAGAUGCAGCUAUAUGUAAAUGUAUCAUGAAAGUUUGUCGCAACGGAAUUAGCUCACUUGGAUCUGAGACUGCCAGGCGCCGUGAUUGAGGCGGGUAGAGUAAAAACUGGUCCCUCCUCCACUCACUCUCUUCCUAAAUCCUUGGGCG